AACACGGAAUUCACGAAUCUCUCUCUCUCUCUCUCUCUGUCUCUCUUCAAAUCAGAAACCAAACAUUUCAGUUUUUGUCGUUUGUUUAGUUUUAUUGGAUGAAAAACGCAAACGGUGGCGCCAUGUUGAUAGAGCAAAAUACAAACACCUUACACAGACCCAAAUUUGGUGCCUUAUUGCACUCCGAUCCGUCGUCGUUUUACUCCCCUAACCACGAUGAUGAAGAGUUCUCUCAUAACCGCCUCAGCAACGCUUCAGCAAACUAUGGCGAUAGUAGCAGCACACCCACCACAAGCAGCAACAAUGCUUCUCCCUACAUGAUGUCGCCAUGGAACCAAGCUUCUUCUCCUUACAACAAGUCUCCGUGGUUAUUACCCUCACCCGCAAUAAACCUCUUCCACCACAAUCAUGAUGAUAACAAUUACUUCCCUCAAAAUGGCCUCAUAGGAUCGCUGGUUCGUGAAGAGGGUCAUGUAUAUUCUUUAGCGGUUUCAGGGGACUUGUUAUAUACAGGUUCCGAUAGCAAAAACAUAAGGGUGUGGAAGGGUUUCAAGGAUUACACGGGUUUCAAAUCGAGCAGUGGUUUGGUCAAAACCAUAGUAAUCUCCGGCGAGAAAAUCUUCACCGGUCAUCAAGACGGGAAGAUCAGAGUGUGGAGGGUUUCUUCGAAGAAUCCGCGGAGCCAUAAACGCAUUGGAAGCUUACCCACUUUCAAAGAGUACGUGAAGUGUUCGAUGAAUCCGAAGAACUACGUGGAAGUCCGGCGACACCGGAACGCGGUGAAGGUGAAGCAUUUCGACGCCGUUUCGAGCCUGAGCUUGGACGAGGAGGAAGGGUUGUUGUAUUCGGGGUCGUGGGACAAAACGUUCAAGGUUUGGCGCGUGGCGGAUUCGAAGUGCAUGGAAUCCAUGAACGCGCAUGACGAUGCCGUGAACGCGGUGGUGGCGGCGUUUCGCGGUUACGUGUUCACGGGGUCCGCGGACGGGACGGUGAAGAUGUGGAGGAGGGAGAUCGUGGGGAAGAAAAUAAAGCACGUGUUGGAACGGGUUUUGCUGAAGCAAGAGAACGCCGUUACGGCGCUGGCGGUUAACCGUUUAUCGACGGUGGUUUAUUGCGGAUCUUCCGACGGUUUGGUGAAUUUCUGGGAGAGAGACCAAAAGGGUAGUCUCUCUCACGGUGGGGUUCUGAAGGGGCACAAACUCGCCGUUCUCUGCCUCGCCACGGCGGGGAACCUCGUGUUCAGUGGCUCCGCCGACAAGAAUGUUUGGGUGUGGAAGCGUGACGAGAGUGGAAACCACACGUGCCUUUCGGUUCUCACGGGUCACACCGGCCCUGUAAAGUGCAUAGCCGUUGAAGAAGAAGAAUCGCAAGAGGAAGAUGUUCACAAUGAGAGCGAUCAACGGUGGAUUGUUUACACCGGGAGCUUGGAUAAGGCAGUGAAAGUGUGGCGCGUGUCAGAACACGCGCCGGAGUUGCGCAUGAUUCAAGGCUGGGCCACACCAAGUCAUGGUAAUUACAAUAACAAUGGCAUGGGUGGUGAGUACCAAAACAGGAAUACAAGGGAGUUGCAACCUAAAAUUUAGGAUUAUAAUUAACCAAUCGUGUGUCUUAUUAGUUACUUGCAAAAGGGAAUUGGUUAAUUACUACAAUGUUUAAGGGAGAUUUAUUGCAUUGUAUUUGCAUGUACAAAAUGUGCAUAAAUGAAAUAAAGUGGGAGUAAAGGCAAUGGAAGAGGGAAUUUGGACGGUUGGAAAAGGAAUGGACCAUUACAUGGGUUCCCUCAAAAGAGGGAAGAACUUGAAUUGAUCAUUCGGUGGCUUUUGUGAAUGAGUUAGACACCCAAAUGUUAAGGCUUCGUGCCCUAAUUGGAAGGGAUUAAUGGUGGCCUUACUCGUCACCAUCGGACAAGCCUUCGCUUUCACUUUCCAUAAAUUGAAAACAUAGCCAGAGGAUCGACAUUCUUUGUUUUAUUCCCUCAAAGCUUACUUUAAAUUGUGUUUUUAGUUUGGUUUUAAGGUACAGUUGCAAAGGAAUACACAGCAUUAGGGUUUGCCACUGCUUGCACUUGUUUGUUCAGAGUAAGCAAGUGGGAUCAAUUGGUGUUUGUACAUUUGGUUUUCUAGCUUGUAAUUGUGCUUUUCUUUAUUUUAUAUGUUGUUUGACGCUUGGUCAGGCGUUGAUGUUUACUUUUUUUGCCCACUAUUUAAUGGUGAUAUUUAAGUACCACCCGACA